AUGGGUGUCAUUACUAUAUUGGACUACUUUUAUGAGUAUUCAGGGUUGAAGCUUAAUGUAAGCAAAUACGAGAUUUUCACAGCUGGUAUUUCUACUUAUAAUAUUGAUUCUAUCAUCAAUUAUUCUGGUUUUAAACAUUGUAGACUACUUGUUCGUUACCUGGGUGUUCCUCUUGUCAUAAGAAAGCUAACUGACAAAGAUUGUAAAGCCCUUCUUGACAAUAUCAAGAGCAGACUUCAUCAAUGGUCUACGAAGAAAAUGAGCUAUGCAGUUUGUAUUACCUCAGUCCAUCAUCAAGAAGCCAGAUUUUUUUGGAAAGGCUCGGACAGUCCUGCAACUGGUGCAAGGGUGAGUUGGGGGAACAUCUGUCAGCCUAAAUCCAAAGGAGACCUAGGAUUAAAGGAUCUCAAGACCUGGAAUAAGGCAUGCUUAAUUCAUCUUACAAGGAAACUACUCACAGGGGAAGGUUCUCUAUGGGUUGCGUGGAUCCAUAAUUACAUAAUUAAGCAGCAAUAUUUCUGGACCAUGGACGAAUAUCCAAGUGCUAGCUGGUGCUUCAGGCGAAUGCAAAAAAUCAGAAAUGUUGCUCAAGCAAUUCCUAUCACGGCAGCAAAGCUACAAAAGAAAUCUGGGAAUAUAUUUGUCCUAAAGACACUAAAGUUUCUUGGCAUAAUUUGA